CAAACGAUUACUCUAAAGGAUAAUUAAUCGCUGAACUUGAACCCGGCCAGGGACCGAUGGCAGAUGUUUGCCACCGAACAAGAACCGAUAAAUUACACACAUCAUUCAUUUUUACUACAUCCACUACACACUAACAACUGCCACCAAUCUUAUCAAAUCCUAUAUAUACUACCACAACUACCUAUACACGCAACUACCAUUCCGCUAUCGUUUUUAACUAAACAUAACGCAAUAACAUUCUUCUUCGACCAUUAUCAUUAUCAUUACUACUAUUAUCAUCAUUAUCAUUAUUAAAACGAGAAUUUCAUACACAAACUAACACCGCUCGUAGUGUAAUUCCCAAGUUUUUGUUAUUAAAUACUUGAAUACUAAUCAAUAAGUCAUUAGAGUCUGGCACGUUUCUAUAUCGUCCAACUAUCGUCACCAUUUGUUCGUCCGGCCCAUAAAACAAUGUCUUGUAGCGUAACCGAGCGGGUGACGGAGAACAGAGCGGGGCCUGGAGGUGGACCAGCGACCGGUCCAGGAGGAGCUACAGCUGGGGCGGGCUGCAGACUGCGAGGGUCUAGCAGUGCGAGCCUCGCGACGCCUCCGAACUCGAGAGGACCCCCGGCCUCGGCGGGGUCCCAGUCCGGCCCUCAGAACGGCCCUCAACCUGGUCAAGGCGCCCCGUUGCGUCCCAAGCAAUGUUGCCUUUGCUGGUGCUGUUGCUGCAGCUGUUCCUGUUCAACCCCUGGAAAAGGAAACGAUGAAAAUGGCCCUACAAAAAAUUCCAAUAACUCAGAUCCUUUAAAUCCUGAUGGAGAUCCACCUCCUUCUUUAGAGGAAAUCAGAAGCUGGGGAAGAUCUUUCGAUAAACUUAUGCGGAGCCCCGCUGGACGAAAAGUUUUUAGAGAUUUCCUACGGUGCGAAUACUCGGAAGAAAAUAUAUUAUUCUGGCUGGCAUGUGAAGAGUUGAAACGAGAAAACAAUCCAGAAGUAGUGGAGGAGAAGGCAAGAAUCAUAUACGAAGAUUACAUUUCGAUUCUAUCACCUAAAGAGGUGUCGCUGGACGCUCGGGUUCGUGAGAUCGUGAAUCGCAACAUGGUGGAACCGACCCCGCACACGUUCGACGACGCCCAACUGCAAAUUUACACUCUAAUGCAUCGAGAUAGCUACCCGCGCUUCGUAAAUUCUCCGUUGUAUCGGUCGCUCGCUCAGCAGCAACAACAGCAGCAGGCCGAAAGCAAGGAGGAGCGGGCUUCGGAGGCGCCGGACCAAGACGGGCCAGGGCCUCACGGGUAGCGUUCUUCCGGCCUUUGACGGCGGCCUAACGAGACCUAGACUCGACAGUCGACAAUAACUCGGAAGUCGGAAGAGCGGCCGACGCCGAGGCGGCGCCCUAAUCCGGCGCCCUCUUCGGAUCAUUCCUCGCUCCGGCACCGAUGCAGCGUCGCGGAGUGCGUGACCUUGGACCGGUGUCGUCCCACGGACCAAUCCCGGAACGGGACAGUGACGUUAUUCAAACCGUUAUUUUGUUACCGCGUGCAUUUCAUAGCAAUCAGACUGGACGUCACUCGUCGCUCACUUCUUAAAUAUUAGUGUUGUGUAAUAAUAACGAAGUUAUGGUUCAUCUCACUUCUAGGGUUAGGAUAAUGUGGCAUAAGAUUAAGUAAUAAUAAGGGCUACUUGUCUCACUAGUCAACCCAUCCCAUCCCGCCGCCACGAACCGCCACGAUGCCGCUCGCCGCGACUUACAAUAUGAUGAUGUGAUAUAACUACGUAGCGACUCGACCACGGCGGUUAGCCCUGCCCUCAUUCUACUGCACCACACCAUGUACCCCAAUUAUAGUACACUAAUAAUCGACACACUGUGAAUUCAUAUAAAUAAAUAUCAAAUAUA